GAUGGGUGCUUUACACGUACUGUGUUUAAUCCUCUCUUUGUGCAUAUAUGGGGCAUUUGGCCAUUUUUCUUUAUUUGAAAACAAAACUUCUGAGAACAAUGGUUUGUUGUCAAGUACUGCAUCAGGAAAAGUUUCCAACGUCUUACGAGACAUUCUGAAUCAGGAAAGUUUGGUGCGCUUUUCAAUGGUACAAAAAAUACAGAAUUUAGUGAUGGAUGCCCUAGACAACAAAAACGAUAAGCAACUUAUAAAGACAAAGCUUAGUGAGGUGAGAAAGGACUUACAGGACUUGGAGAGUAGAAACCAAAUAAUGGAGAAAGAAAACGUUAAACUUAAAAAGGAAUUGGGGGUCAUCCAUAACACGGUUAAUGACAAUAUAAACGAAACAAAAGAAGAAAUUCAGGACUUGAAGACUAGAAACCAAAUAAUGGAGAAAGAAAACACCAAACUUAAAGAGGAAUUGAAGGUCAUUCAUAACACGGUGAAUGACAAUAAAAACGAAACAAAAGAAGAAAUUCAGGACUUGAAGACUAGAAACCAAAUAAUGGAGGAAGAAAACGUCAAACUUAAAGAGGAAUUGAGGGUCGUCUACGGUACGAUGAAUGCUAAUAGAAACUAUACAAAGGAAGAAAUUCUAUCUCUUGACCAGAAAAUUAAAAGCAACACUCUAGCUUUCCUAGAUGAAAAUCAUAAAUUAGCUAUGAAAAAUGCAGAUUUCGAAAAACAGCUUGAUUUGUUUGAAAAGAAAAUCGAAAGUGACUUGAAAAGAGAAAUACAGAUAUUGAAAAUGAAGGACCACAGCACAAUGGAGAAAAUAAACGUUCUAAACGAAUCGCAAAUCCUUUUUGCUAAAACUCACCUCGAAAAAAUCAAAGAACUUGAUUAUGAUAUGGGUAAUAAAAGUAUGGUUUUCAAAAACAAUAAUCGUGCAUUGGCAAAAGAAGUUGAGGGUCUCCAAUACCAAAUGGAUGGGAUGAACGCAACAUUACAGAAAAGAGGUGUAAUUAGAAUUGCCGAACGUGUUAAAAACAAUGAAGAAAAAAUAGAAAAUUUCUCGGUUACUGUAAAAAAAGCUCUAGGCAAUGUCUGGAAGGAUCUGAAUGCAUCGAAUGUGAUCUUGUCAAAAGGUAUGAUAACAUUCUAUUUAAGUUCAUUAUGCCUUUUAGAGAGAAAGAAAGAAACAAAUCUUUAGAAGAGUCACAUUUAUAUAAAUCAUAAUUUCAGAGACUGUAUAUAUUCAUAUUCAUUUUUUUC